AUGCCUACGCCCUUCGUCGCGGACGCGGCCGACGAGGCGGUCCGCUCGAACUCGAUUCUGAACGAACGGAAAGCCACAGAUAUCAUCGAGGAAACCGCGCUCGAGGUCGACAUUCGAGCGUGGCGCGCCGAAGGCCUGCGCUUGCUCCAAGCCGCGAGCGCGCGGGAAGACAAAGUGCCGAACGGCGCGCGACGGCCGUGCUCGGUGCUCGGCGACGCGUCAGCUCAAGCGGCGAUCGAGGACGCCGUCACGCGCAUGUCACGAACGGAGGGCGUCCCACAAAGGCCGCCGCGCGCGCUGGGCUCGACACUCGCGCCGCCGCCGGAGCCUCCCUUCAUUCCGAAAUUUCGCCAGCGGACGUUGUUCUUUUCGACCGUGGCCCUGUUCUUCAUCACGCUCUUCGGCGGCUUCAUAUUUAAGGAGCUGGAGCUGGAGCGGGAACUGCGCGACGCGCGGCACGCGCGGGUGGCUCCGUUUGAUACGUUUCGAAGGAUCCUCCGUACAUUUGAUUUCCACACAGGUGGUAUAUCGCUGCUGUCGCUUGUCAUACAGUACCUGCAGGAGCGGGCCCUCCCGCGGUCCGUCACGGGCGCCAAGGACCCGACGGCACCGACGCAGUCCGAGGGCGGCAUCGACCGUUACCAGCUGUCGAACGCGCCCGAAGUCGCUGUGACGCUCGAGAGGCACUCGCUGUCGCCGUAUCGGCUCACCCUCACGGACGGGCUGUAA